AUGCCUCCUAAACGGUCAAUUCUGCUGUAUCAUGAAUUUGAUUUUUCCCUUUUUCAGCCGAAAGGGAAGAAAGCCAAGGGCAAGAAGGUGGCCCCAGCCCCUUCUGUUGUCAAGAAGCAUGAGGUGAAAAAAGUCGUAAACCCUCUGUUUGAAAAGAGACCCAAGAACUUUGGGAUUGGUCAGGAUAUUCAGCCCAAGAGGGACCUGACAAGGUUUGUGAAAUGGCCACGAUAUGUUCGGCUUCAGCGCCAGAGGGCAAUCCUGUACAAACGUCUAAAGGUGCCUCCUGCAAUCAACCAGUUCGCCCAAGCCUUGGACAGGCAGACUGCCACCCAACUCUUCAAACUGGCACACAAGUACAGGCCUGAGACUAAACAAGAGAAGAAGCAGAGGUUGCUGGCCCGGGCUGAGCAGAAGGCAGCUGGGAAGGCUGACGCUCCCACAAAGAGACCUGCUGUUCUCCGAUCAGGUGUGAAUACUGUCACUACAUUGGUGGAGAACAAGAAAGCUCAACUGGUGAUUAUUGCACAUGAUGUUGAUCCUAUUGAGUUGGUUGUGUUCCUGCCUGCCCUCUGUCGUAAGAUGGGAGUUCCUUAUUGCAUUGUCAAAGGCAAAGCCAGACUGGGACGUCUUGUGCACAGGAAGACUGCCAGCUGCCUUGCUUUUGCACAAGUCAACCCUGAGGACAAGGGUGCAAUUGCCAAGCUGAUUGAGGCUGUGCGGACUAACUACAAUGAGCGAUAUGAUGAGAUCCGUCGACACUGGGGUGGUGGGAUCCUUGGGCCUAAAUCUGUGGCUCGCAUUGCGAAGCUGGAGAAGGCCAAAGCCAAGGAAUUGGCAACCAAACUUGGCUAAAUCAUGUCAACUGUGCCCAUUGUACAUAAAUAAAAGUAAUCGUAUUUUAA